CAAAAGUGUACACUGAGUGUAGAUUGUAAUUUCCCCACUGGGGAUCAAUAAUUAGUAUGAAUUAAAAUGUAAAUUAAAUUAAAUGAACACAAACCGUCGUGUCACCUCCCGGACAGUAGGUGGCGACAAACGCCUGAAUGUUGCUAAGGAAACCAAAGAACUAGCAUCACAACAACAACACGGCUCGUCACGUUAGCUCAAAGAAGAGCGGAGUGAAUUUUUUUCUGCUAAUUCGGAACAUAUUAACAGGUACGCUGGAAUUUUCUGAUACCCACUCGGACAUGUCCUAUGUCUUCAUCAAUGACUCGUCGCAGACUAACGUGCCUCUGCUGCAGGCCUGCAUUGAUGGAGACCUGCCGUUCGCCAAGAGGCUCCUGGAGACGGGGUGCGACCCCAACAUCCGAGACAACCGGGGCCGCACCGGCCUGCACCUAGCCGCCGCGCGAGGGAACGUGGAGAUCUGCCGGCUCCUGCACAAGUUCGGCGCCGAUCUGCUGGCGACUGAUUAUCAAGGAAACACAGCUCUGCAUCUCUGUGGUCAUGUGGACACGAUACAGUUCCUGGUCUCCAACGGGCUGAAGAUCGAUAUCUGCAACCACAACGGCUCCACCCCUCUGGUGCUGGCGAAGAGACGCGGCGUCAACAAGGACGCCAUCCGUCUGCUGGAAGGACUGGAGGAGCAGGAGGUGAAGGGCUUCAACAGAGGACCCCACUCCAAACUGGAGACCAUGCAGAUGGCCGACAGCGAGAGUGCGAUGGAGAGCCACUCCCUGCUCAACCCCAACCUGCAGAGCAGCGAGGGCGUCCUGUCCAGCUUCAGGACCACCUGGCAGGAGUUUGUGGAGGACCUGGGCUUCUGGAGGGUCCUGCUGCUGCUGGUGGUCAUCGCCCUCCUCUCCCUGGGCAUCGCCUACUACGUCAGCGGAGUCCUGCCUUUCUCCAGCAGCCAGCUGGAGCUGGUGCACUGAGCGAGGGCGGGGCGAAGUAGAUGCACGGGAGCAAAAUAUACACGAGAAUUCUCUCAAUACCAGAACAGAAAUCCAGAUUUUUGUUGAUUGCAGCCCAGAUCUGGUCUCAUCUUGGUUUUACACAGAGAACAUCAUAAUGUAUUGUUAGUAAAGCAGUGACCCAAAAGAACAAAACUCACUUUCAUCAUUAUUAUUAACAGGAAGUGUGUCAUGUCGUGCUAAAAACACGUGUUUAAGUAUUGUGUAACAUGUCCCUUUAAAAUGAGAUCCCCGUGGAAGCUGCUUUUAAAACAGAGAGA